AUGGCUGACAACACUAUUCUGAUCACCGCUGGACCCUAUCAAUUUCUUGCCAAGUUCGAAGAUGAUGCCCCAAGGACAGUAGCAACCUUCCAAAAACUACUCCCCUACCGCCAGAAGAUCAUCCAUGUCCGCUGGAGCGGCGAAGCUGUCUGGAUUCCACUUGGUGACGAAGACUUCAGGCUCGGCUUCGAGAAUCACACCGCGCAUCCUGCAGCAGGCCAAAUUCUAUUCUAUCCCGGCGGUUACUCAGAGACUGAACUCUUGUUCUGCUAUGGUAACGUCGCGUUUGCCAGCAAGAUGGGUGCGCUGGCUGCCAAUCAUUUCUUGACUAUCACGGAAGGCCAGGAGAAUCUGAAGGCUUUAGGCAAGUUGGUGCUUUGGGAGGGGGCUCAGGAUGUGCUUUUUGAGGUUGCCGAUCAAGUAAAGGUUGAUGAGUUUCGAAAACAUGCGAUGAACGCUUCGUCUCGGUCAAAGCUAUAG